UAUUUUCUUAGAGCGAUCUUCUUUUUUAUAUGGUCAUCACUUCAAGUUGUGAUUUUACUGCACAAUUCGUAUAGGAAUGGGUACAACCACAUCGUUGUGUUUCCGCUGUAUCCACACUUCUCAUGUGCACGCUCUGGAUUUCUUCUCAACGAAGUCGAACGAGUAUUGCAAACGUUCACCGUACCAGCCAACGUGGAUGAUCGUGAAGUGCUAUGCGAGAGAAUCGUGCCGAAAUCGAGCAGCUCCUUUCAUGUGUCGGCAUUGCAUCGGUGGAGCAAUCAUCCGAUUGUGAGCGAGUAUUGGCUCGACAUCAUUCAAAAACACCGUGAUGACGUCGGUGGUGUUGUGUUCUGCGUGCCAUCAAUUCGAGGUUACAAUAGUGAAACCUACCGGCGAUCUGUGUGGUCAACAUGUGAACGCAUCAUGGCUGGAUUAGAUGACAGCUAUCCUUGGCGUCUAAGUUUCUUCAACGCAUGGGACCAAUGGAAUUUACCUCUUCGAGACUCCGUCAAAGCCCAGACAAAACGUCUCACUGCUUACGUAGCUUCUGGGAAGCAAAUAGCGCUGAUUCCUGUAUCUUCAAUACUUCCCGACUUCAACACAUUUUCUGUUUUACCCAAUAUUACCAAGUCUUUGGAAAAAGUGGUGCUAGUACAACCUCAAGUCGACAACCCCUUGUUGAUACAAGGUGUGGUGGAAGUAAUCAAAAACCACCUUCUUGGCCGGAGGGACGCUCAAUUACGAGAUCGUUGUGAUUGGUGUAUUAAUAAGCAGUGUGAAUACAUGAGAUAUACGCUCACAGAUAGCUGA